UACAAGCUUUUAUUCUUCUACGUGUCAAAAUUAAAAAAGCUACUGUGAAAGUCUGUCCCGCGAAAAAUCCGUAUUUCCACAAGGCUUUGGUAGUUAUUAAAAUAGAUCGCUGAUGUUUUUCGCUCCAACCGUGUAUACAGAAUUUCCAUUCUAGCCUGAAAGCAUCAUCCGGUCUCCUGUAAACCGUGGAGUGGCUCUCUGGAACGCCUCCGUCAACUAGGGCGGGCCUUUUCUGUGUCGCUGCUACAGGGAUACCAAGAUGGAAAUCCAGGGGCUUUCUGGUGCCCAAAACAUUCACACUCAACAUGGCGCCCUACACAGAACCAAUUUGUCUGCUCUUCAUUCAGCGACGGGGCCGUUACCUCGUUUUAUUUCCACCGAAAAUGAAGCGGACGGACUAUUGGGGCAGCCUGAGCCACAAAGUGACAACAACAACAACACCGGGCCGAGGACAUCACCGUUUCACCUACUGGCGGAAAAUGGCAGCGGAGCGGCUUGUUCGCCGAGCAGUAAACAGCAACAGACCGAUAAAACAAAUGUACCGGGCAACGGGCAGACUGUCGGACUUCAUAACGUGAACACGGAUAAAGAAAGUGAGCUCGAGGCGCUGCUCAGUUCGCGGGAGUUUGUGAGGACUGCCUGGAAAUACGGGGUAGAAAGCGGGGACACUGUAAUGCAAAUGGCGCUCCCUCUGUUUGAAGGGGAAGAGGAACCGAUGCCACAGAGGCAUUUAACGUUACCGUCGCCAGGUUUACGGCAGCAGCGUGAGGACGGCGCCUUCAAGCAGCCCUCACUGACCAGCCACAGCGCUACUGUGCCGGGGAGCUUCAACGCCGCGAGCAGGGCUGAUAAAAGCUCCCAGGAGCUGUACGUUGUGUUUAAUGUGGUUCAGGAGGAUGGCAGCUGUGAAGCGAGCAAACAGCGACCGGAUGUGUCCUCGGAGGGCGUUGGACGAGUGAAAGGCGUUAGAGCAGAGCGCUCUAAUGCAAGCCCCUGUGGCUCCAUGGAGGUGGGCAGCAGCAGUGACGUUAUCCUUUAUGAAGCUAAUGACAACUUGAACUGUCUCGAUACCCAGGCCCUGAAAAAAACCGAACAUGUUUUCAAUUUACUGAACGACCAUUCUACCGUGAGUAACGCGAAACAGACUGUAUAUCACCACACUGUCGAAGACGUUGUUUUGACAAACAAAUAUGGCGAUAAGAUUUGUGGCCAGAUUUGUACCGAAAACAAUGAAGGUAAACUGGUCAGGGAGCUCUCGUCGCACUCUCGUGUUGACGAGAGCAGUGCCUUGAUUUCGGGGAAUUCGGGUGUCGCGGAAGCCAUGGACACCUCGGACUUUAUUACGGGCUCAGCGGGGCUGCAGGGCAGUGCACACCCGGGCACGGCCUCCACAAUUCCGCCCGCGAGCGAAACCUUUUCCGGUACUAUCACAAUAAACAACCAAAGCAUCAUAGUGACCAUAGAAAACGGGAUACUGACUCUCGCUGCCCCACCAGAGGGAUAUGUGCACAAAGAGGACGACAUGGUCAGCUUAAAGGAGCACCUGGGCAUGAAAGAUCAUGAGGACAUUGUUCUUCUCAACUAUGACAGUGGCACUAAAUCCAUCGGGAAGAUCAGCACCCUGGCGGUGUCCAGCUCCAGCCAGCAGGAAGAGCCCAGGCCUGGUUUGUCUGUGAGUGACUCUGAGCUGGCUCUGGUGGAUGAUUGCUCAUUAUCAGAACUUGGGACAUCUCUGGACUCCUGUCCCUUAGUCAAGCAGGAAGGGAGCACGCUGUGCGCUGUAACAGAGGCUGACCUGAUCACCCCGUCCCCCAAAGCCAUUGUGGCAGACUGUGACAAUGGGGACUUCCAGUCCGUGCCGCUAAUACGUUCCAAGAAAGACACUGUGGCUUCUUUUGGGUGCCCAGAACCAGGCUGCUCCAGCAUAUUCGACACACGUCAGAAGCUCAAAGUUCACCUCCUGCACCAUGCAGAGGACCCACGCCCCUACCAGUGCACCGUAGAGGGCUGCGGCUGGGCUUUCGCCACCUCAUACAAGCUGAAACGCCAUCUUCAGUCCCACGACAAGCAGCGGCCACACACAUGUCAGUUCGAAGGCUGCGGGCGACGUUUCACCACGGUCUACAACCUCAAGGCUCACAUCAAAGUCCACGAGCAGGACAACGCCUUCAUCUGUGAGAUCUGCAGCGAGAGGUUCCGCAGUGCUACAAGACUCACCAAUCACCAGAGGGUCCACUUCGAGCCGCAGAGGCCCCACAAGUGUGAAUUCCCAGGCUGUGAGAAAACCUUCAUCACCUUCAGUGCCCUGUUCUCCCACAAUCGCACUCACUUCAGAGAAACGGGCCACUUCACCUGCACCUACCCGGGCUGCGAUAAGACGUAUGACAAGGCCUGUCGCCUCAAGAUCCAUAUGAGAAGUCACACCGGUGAGAGGCCGUUUGUCUGUGACUCGGAGGGCUGUGGCUGGUCCUUCACCAGCAUGUCUAAGUUGCUCCGACAUAAACGGAAACACGAUGAUGACCGACGCUUUGUCUGUACAGAGGAGGGUUGUGGGAAAUCCUUCACCCGGGCAGAGCACCUGAAGGGUCACAGUAUCACCCAUCUGGGUACCAAGCCCUUCCAGUGCCAUGCAGAAGGCUGCAAUGCCAAGUUCUCAGCACGCAGCAGCCUGUACAUCCACUCCAAGAAGCAUAAGCAGGAUGCCAGUACCCUGAGGACUCGCUGUCCUGUGGCCAACUGCUCAAAGCACUUCUCCUCCCGCAGCAGCCUUAAGAGCCACAUGCUCAAACACCACCACCUCAGUCCUGAUGUUCUCAGUCAGAUGGAGACCACGCCCACCCUGACCCCCAGCAGCGAGCUCAUCAGCUCCACCCCAACAACAGUUGCUGGGCCCGGUAUUUCCGGGGGCGACCAGCUGACCAACCUUGACCUCAGCUCUCUUUUCUCCGCUGUGCCUGGUGGUGCUGCACCCUCCACUGGCAUCGGGGUGGGGAUUCCUGUUGCUGGUAGCGGCUGUAACGGCACUUUCACCAUGGACCUCUCCCUGGUCAGCUCGGGCAUCCUCACCAUCGACCCCUCCUCGGUCGGCACCACUCUGGGGACCGGCACCAGCACCACGUUGGCCAAAGCCGUGGACCCUCUAGUCUUGGCAGCCAGUGCUGACAUGGGCCCCCACCACGGUUUGGAAGGAUCAGUGGGUGACGUUCUGCCCCCCCAGGGCACUCUCAAUCUGGAUGAUGUGCAGACGGUUACGCCGGAGGCUCUGGGAACCCUCACGGCUCUCACCAUGCAGGGUGCCGGUUCCUCCGUGGACCCCACUUUGCAGCACCCACUCAGCUCCUCCAGUGCCCUGAGCGUGGAGCCCACAGCCUCCCUGGUGGUGGCCCCUGUAGCCGAGCUGCUGGCCUCACCCUCGAAGGUCGCGGAGGUGGGUGGCCAGGGGGGAGCGGGGCCUCUGCUGGGAUGUGUGGAUGUGCUGGGACCUCAAGAGGGAGGGAAAGUCCUCACCCAGUUCGUUUUCCCCGGUCACAGCAGCAGCUUCAGCCCACAGAAAGACCAGGAACUCACUGCUGUGUCACCAAGCAGCUUCCUGGAGAGUGGAGGCUCAGCUAGGACUGACUACAGAGCCAUCCAGCUGGCCAAAAAGAAGAAGCAAAGAGGUCCUUCAGCCUCCUCUGGAGCUUCAGGAUCGAGUCAGAGGAAAACUAAAGGGUUAAAGGCCGCUUCGGCUCCUUCACCGAUGGCUCCCUCUGGUGUCCGUUAUGGGGAAGGAGCGGCAGCAGCCAAUGGGGGCCUGACCCUGCGUGACCCUGUCACCGGGGCCCAGUAUGUCCAGAUUCAGCUGCUACAGGACGACCCGGCCAGUGAUGGCGACCUGGCCUUCCAGCUGAGCUCUCAGCCUUCCAGCUCCCACUCUCAGCUCACUGCAGACCUGCCUGUCAACAUUUUACAGGAACCUUCAGUGAUGACGGAGGACGACAACGGCUCGGACAACUCCCAGUUCACGGGAAGCACAAUCAACCUUCAGGACCUGGAGUGACGACCACGGAGCCGCAGGUCAGAGGUCCGCUGCGACGAUCGACCGCGUCAGCGUCUACAGUUUACACCAACAAACAUACUCUGAGAUGUUUACUCCCGUCAAACGAUUGCCUCGUCUUUUUCCCAGGACUUUGAAAGCCUUUUUGGAUGUGUGGUUAAUAUAGUUUGCGGAGGGGGUGGAUAUGAGUCCACAGAUUAAUGCACCUUGACGAGAGGAGAUGAGGAUUUGUUAAUUCAGAAGAUUAUUUGUGUUUGUUUCUAAAGUCCAGUUUGUACCAAAAUGGAACCUGAGAGCCUUCUCAUGUGAGGGGCUUCUCUGGGUUUUGAUCGUAACGGUGUCUAUUCCAUGGUGCCACAUUGCCACUCACACACACACACACACACACACACACACACACACACACACACGCACACAGUGUGCCGUCUACUCUCCAGUUGCCUUACAGACACCUCACGCUGUGCAUUCCUUCACUGGCGGGGCAUCUGCUUUAUUUUGUUGCUACUUUUGAUUUCGUACGGUUUGUCAGAUUUUCUUUUUUCUACGGCAGCAGCAGCAAGCCCAUGUGGAAAACAUGCCUGUUCAUGUGUUUAUAUGCAUUAUGUCAUGAGUUACUACCUUCUUGUAAUAAUUCUAUCUGUUUUGUUAUUUAUUAUUUAGCUGUGGGUUUACAGAAUGGCAGAGCCAAACACAGAUGAAUUAAAGAAUCAAAGCACAAUCAGAACGGCGUCGUGUGGAGGCCUUCAUUUCAUUUUGUUUUAUGAAAUGAGAAUGUGUUUUCGUCUUGACCAGGUAAGAAAAUGUAAGAUGAUUUAUAGGAUGCUUGAAUAAAAAGCAGUACGGCGA